GGAUCAAUGUGCAUCGCCCUCCCGCGGGGCAUGCCGGGAAUGUGCGCCGGCUGACAGCUGUCGCCUCCCGAUGCGGCUCGAGGGAGCUCAGCGUCAGGUCUCCUGCAGACAUAUACUAAAUGCAAGUUGACCUUCCCUGACCUGGAUUUAGAGAAUUCUGGUGUGGAACAUCAUUGCUAAUUGCUUGAUCUCACUAUGUUUUAACAAUGGCUGAUACUUCAACACACAAACAUUGAGCUACAGACAAGGUUGUAUGAUACAACGUGGACUCUGCUUGAGGUACAGUUGGAUUACUGAUUGGAUAUCUGAUCCAAGGGGAAAACGUGUUGAAAAUAGCAUAUAUUAGUUAUUAAAUUGAUACCUGAUUAAGAAUCCAUUUGAGAAGAGGUUCACCAAAAAAACUGCUUUGGGACUAUUGUUUUAUUACAUCUAAUGGAGCUCCGCGUUAUCUGUGCACAAGUCAAUAUGGAACAACAGGCAGCUCCUACCAUCUUAUUGAAUGUGAUGGAUCAUAUACAAGUUUCUGAAUUGGAAGAUUCAGUGUUACAGAGCCUAAUAACCCCAAGCCCUCGAAGUGAAAUGGUUGCCCACGAAUUCCAAGAACUGACACUACAGCCAAAUCCACACCUACCACCUUUGAAUGAGAGGAAGAAUGUACUGCAAUUAAAGCUGCAGCAGAGAAGGACACGAGAGCAGCUGGUGGACCAGGGAAUUAUGCCACCAUUGAAGAGUCCAGCUGCAUUCCAUGAACAAAGGAAGAGUUUGGAACGAGCAAGGACUGAGGACUACUUGAAACACAAGAUACGAAGUAGACCUGAGAGGUCUGAACUGGUCAGAAUGCACAUAUUAGAAGAAACCUUGGCAGAGCCUUCACUGCAGGCCACUCAGAUGAAGCUGAAAAGAGCCAGACUGGCAGACGAUCUGAACGAAAAGAUCGCUCAGAGACCAGGUCCGAUGGAACUUGUGGAAAAAAACAUUCUUCCUGUGGAUUCCAGUUUAAAGGAAGCGAUUAAAGUUGGCCAAGUGCAUUAUCCCAAAACUUUAGACACACUCUCAUUUGAUGAUGACAGCAGUGACGCCUUAUCUCCAGAGCAGCCAGGGAGCCAGGAGUCACAAAACUCAGCUCCUUCUCCAGGAGAAACCAAAGUGACAGAAUCAUCCUCCUCCUCGUCUUCACCUGUACCAAACACUAUUAUUCAGUAUCACCCACAGCCAAUGCCUGACUUCCUCAAACCUGCCCCUCUGUCUGAUCAGCAAGGUAUACGUUCAGUCAGUACGACACUGACCACAAGUACAGCUGUCUCAACUAAACCUGCUCCAACCCUAAUUAAGCAAAGCCAACCCAAAACUGUAAAUGACAAGAACCGGAGCAAGAAAAACAAGGAUCUGAAACCAAGAGUGAAGCAGCUGAAGUACCAUCAGUAUAUCCCACCAGACAAAAAGCAUGAGAAAAUUGAACUUCCCAUGGAUACAAACUACUCCCGGCUUCUGCAACAACAGCAGCUUUUCCUCCAGCUGCAGAUCCUGAGUCAACAACAGCAACACUACAAUUAUCCAGCCAUUCUGCCUGCACCACCAAAGUAUGUAGCACAAACCAGGUCAUGUAAUGAUAACCAGCCAACUAGCAGCAUAACCACAUCCACUACACUGGCUAACUAUGCACCAGCAUUAUCAUCAUCAUCUUCAUCAUCAUCAUCAUCAUCAUCAUAUGUCACACGGCACAACAACACACCAUGCUGGAAGUUGGGAACUCUCCCCUCUAAUCUGGAUGACAUGAAGGUUGCAGAACUGAAGCUGGAACUGAAGUUGCGAGGUCUCCCAGUCUCUGGUACUAAAAUGGACCUUAUAGAGAGGUUGAAAUCAUACCAAGACUUGAGUAGUGCUGCUGUAGCAACGGCCUCCAACUCUGCUAUUGCAAGAAAUCAGUUGACGGCAGCAUUUCCUAUCGCUGCUCUUAGUAAUGUCACGACCACCACAGAAGCAACCGUAACAACAGCAUCAUGCAACCUCCAAUUCUAUGAAAAUGCAGCCUCUCCGUCUCCUACCUCUCCAGCUCCCUCGGAGCAGUCUAACAUCAGCACCGAUGACAGCAAACUUACAGAUAUGUUUACUGAGCUGGUGACCAUGGUGUCUCCUUCGCAGCUCUCAAUUCAUGCUUCCCCUGUGAAUACGGCUGUUAAUGAAGAUAGCACAGGGGUGAAUGUGGCAACAAACAAUUCUAAUCCUCAAGGUGCUAGCUUGGCAAGUUUAGAUGCUGAUGCUGCUGAAAAGGACCGAAAACUGCAGGAAAAAGAGAGGCAAAUCAUUGACCUAAAGAGAAAACUUGAGCAGGAACAAAAGUUGGUGGAAGAACUGAAGAUUCAAUUGGAGAUUGAGAAACGAUGUCAGCACCAACAAUCUGUGACUGUGAACCAGAAGCAAUUGGAAACUCAUGUCAAAGAGGAACACAAUCUCUCCAACUGUUCUAUUUCAAGACAGCCUGCAUCAGCACCCAAACAACCUUUGGGUCCAUCAGCCAUCACCAAUCUUGGCACAUGCAGCCAGAAUGCAAUGAAGCAAAAUGGUUUGCUUAUGAAGCAAGAAGGCUCACUGGCAACAGCAGGGCAACAGAAUGCAGUCUCUCAGUUUUAUGUAAACCCACCAAGGCAAACGCCGACCACAGUUAUUGCCCAGGCUCAGCCUCACGCUUUAUUGACCACUCAGACUGGAACCCAGCUUUUGCUGCCAUUGGCCAUCCAAGCACAGAAUGCAAACCCUUCCAGCGAGUCAAAGCAUUUACAUGCAGGAAAUGUUAAAUUACAGUCUCAUUCACAAGCCCAGGUGCAGAUACCAAUAGCUGUCCCAACUUCUGCUCCAGUCCAAACUUCAGGCUCCCAGAAACAGCCACAACCACCAGAACCUGUGUCCCAACAUAAUUUGUCCCAGAACCCACAGAUUACAAAGGUUUUUACAUCCACAUCAACAGCGAAUGUAUUUCCAAAUCACAUUCAAACAGCAGCAACAGUGCAGCAAUGUUUCAUUAACAGUUCAACAGGGAACGUGCAUCAUCCAAGAAUAAGCAAUGUUAAUACUCCACUGAAUGGACCCAACUGUGUACACAAGUCUGGACCAUCUUCUCCACCUCCGUCUCAACAACAGUUAGUAAUCCAACACCAAGUCUUUAGUAACUCUGUUUCAAAGGGAAAAGAACUCCCUCGAUAUGAGGAAGCAGUCAAGCAGACCCGCAGUUUAAAACAGCAGGAGGUCUUCAAUGCACACAGCCAGCAGAUGGAUGAUCUUUUUGAUAUCCUAAUUGAGAGUGGAGAGAUUUCGCCCAUUGUAAAAGAAGAGUCAUUGCCUGCUACCAAGAUGAGAGCCGUUGUAGCCAACAUCUCUUCCUUACCUGUAAAUGCGGCAUUGUCUCGACCACCACCACGAGUUCAGAUGGCACCUCCUCCACUAUCCCUUGAAUCAGCAAAUGAUCUCUCAAUUGGUUCAGAAAAUCAACUUGAGGCCUUUCUGGAUGGCACAUUGUCAUCUGGUGCCAAUAUUCCUCAAGUGGCAGUCAGCCAAGAGGGCUCAGACUCUCUUCCUGUAAUGGAGGAUCUUCCAAAUGAUCUACUGAAUACACCCAGCAUUCUGGACCAGCAACAUUCUGCCAUGGACACAUGUGAUAUGCAUUUCAAUGCAGAAAAUUCUUGCCUGAACUUGGACCUCCCAGACACUAAUUUGGACAAUAUGGAUUGGCUGGAUCUGACGAUGCCGGCUUCCACUACGGGACUCACUCCCAUUAAUAGUGCUGCUCCUAGUGUGUUUUCCACUGAUUUUCUGGAUGGUCAUGAUCUUCAGCUACAUUGGGAGUAAUACAACCAGGCUCCUGAUGGCAGCCAAACAAAAUCUAUAUGCUCUUAGUGUUGUGUGUCAGUCGUCUAGUAAUAGUUAAUACUCUAAUGUAGUAACAAAACAAGCCAAGUUGAGAUUCUCUGGUCCAGUCCACUUUAUUGUCUCUAGAUAGAAGAGUGGGCAGUGACAAAAUGUGAUGAUUCAGGGCAAACUGACAAUCCUACAGUCUGGCCAUUUUGAGGCUUUGUAUUUUUAUGUAAUGUUUUAUCCGGUGUCAGUGGCAAUUACUGUUCUGUUGAAAUGAAGAUUGAAAUUGAAGAGAAUUUCUUCUUCAUGGAAGCGGACUUUCCCGUAGGGUGGCCUGAGCCAAAAUGCAUGGUAUUGUGAAGUUUAUUACACUGGCUGGUUCAGUGACUUCUUUUUAUCAGUCUGGGUGAACUAUUCCAUUCUUUCGAAUGCAGAAAUGUUUUUGACUAGUUCAUCAUUUCCUACUUUGUACGUUUUGUUUCAGUGCUCUUUUCAUCCAUGUUUUCAUCCAUUUUAUUACACUAAAGUGAUGUGACUGCCCGGGUCCAGGGCAAAAACCAUCCAGCUUAUAAUGACCACUGAUUCAGAACCUGUGGUAAAUUUUGGAUGUAAUUGGAUCACUGUUAGUUCUGAAAAACCAUGUGUGAACCAAAUGUCAGCCAGAAGCUUUUCUCUUAUUUCAGGCAAGUAACUUUUUUUUUGGAAUCUGUACAUUUCAGUACUGAUUAAUAAGCCUGUAGUACAUUGUCUGUUAACAAUCCGCCUGUCAAUUUUCGUAUUUGAUUGUCUCCUUCAUUGUACAAAGAUGGACAAGAGGCUGGACACUCUAACAGUUAAACCAAGCCUCAAAGUGAAGAAUGAUCAAGAUAAGUUAUUCCAAUGCCAAACAUGUUCCCAUGCCUGUUUUUUUUUUUUGUUAAAUUUAGAUCUGAUCCUUUAGUUGAGCAGGAAAAAGGGUUUAACUUGUGCAUUUUUUUAAAAUGUAAAACUGAGCCCAUUUAAUUAUUUUUGGAGGCUGUUCCAAACUGCACCAAUUAUGAGAGAAUGCAACAGUGCUAACAUGUAUAUUCUUUCAUAAUUUGCAAAGUACCAGCGCAGAGUUUGAAAUACUAGCUUUUAAAGGGUCAUUUCUUAAAAUAAUGUUAAAAGAGCUGUGUUCAGUCGUUUACAAAUUUAAGGUAUUGAAACACUUCAUGUUACUGCUGUGAUAUCCCCUGAUCAAGCUGCUUCCUGGUUCUGCUCCUUCCUCAAAAAAAGGACUUACCAAACACUUAAUGAAUAGAAACAGUUUAAUGAUGAAAUGUGAUAUAAUAUUAUGAAAUGUGAUGUGUCCUUUUUAAAGGGAAUGAUUUUGCUUACCAACCAAAGGGUUUAAAGUACAGAAAGUGAAGAUUUUUAUUCAAAGAAAGACAGCAGUUUUAAAAUUCAAGCAGGGCUAAGCAUUUUGAGAAGGAAAUUGAAUUGUCUAUAUUUUACAAAAGUGAAUUAAUACAUUAGUACAAAGAAUGUAUAAAUUGAACAGAAAUCAUUGCCUUUACAGUGCAGAUAUCUAUAAGCCAUUCAUCUUCAGAUGAAUCAGCACAUACCAGACUAUGAAUGGUUAAUUGAUGCUAUGCUGUUCCAAUCUACCGUCAAUAAUGAUUUAAUCUGAUGGUUAAUUUUAGAUAAUGUGAGAUAGUUUGGUCUUCUGAGAUGUGGUGCAAUCCAGUUUUAAAAAAAAAAAUCACAUUCGGAGUUUGAAUGUAUUUGUCUUUUAAAGUUACUUAACUAUGGAUAUUCCCUGACGGAGCCCAAUCAAUUUGUUUGCAGUGAGGUGAUCGCUGAAGGAUUGUUGAUUAGGCCCAUUGUUGAAUAUUUAUUACAGUCCACUUUGUGGUUUUUGAUGGAAUUUUGGUGAAACAAAGUAUCACAGAGCAGACUGAAAGCCAAAUGUUUCCAAGAAUGUCUUAUCAAAUUAACAUUGAUUACAUAAUGGGCUUUUGUGUGUAUUUCUGCGCAGCCAUUGAGAAUUAAGGUCAACAAUGUGCCAAAAGCCAAUAUUUCAGAAAUAGGAACAGCUACAAAAAAAACCCAACAGCACCAAGGUAUUAUGGUAGCUGAUAGUCUUUUCUCAUUUUUCUCAGUUUCCAACUUGCGUGGAAGUUUAUUUCAACCUUGGGAGAGUGCAAAUUAAUUUCACAUUGAGAAAGUGUAUGGAGCCUUGCUGAUAGAUGGACACGUUUGGGGUGAAUUUUGUCGAGUGGUUCAUAAUCCCGAUAUUGGCUCCAUUGAGGGUCAGGAACCCAGAAGUGACUUUGGCAGGAUGUCAGGCACAAAAAGGUUUUACUUUUUUUCUGUAGCAGUGUUUAGCCAAAGGAACACCAGCGCAGCACCUUGGGUGCUUCCUCAGUAGAGCUGCAGCAACAGCCUAGAUUAGUGGAGACAUCCAUUUCCAUCAUCUGGCUCAUUAUCAGGCUUUCUGCUUGAGGAGAUCCGUUUUCCUGCUGACAAAUUAAUAAAAUACUCCAAAUGUUUUGUAUCUCAAUAUUUCCUUUGUAUCUACUCACAGGCUCCUGUCCCAGGUGCAGACAAUUCCAACCGCUGUUCAAAAUAAGGACAUAGAGAAAAGUACUUUUGGGACUAAACCUGUCACAAACCGAGCCUGACACAAUUCCCUAGACAUUUGCACACUUUCCCCUUGUCUCCAAAUUCAUUUCCAUGGGUCUGGAAAAAUGUGGCGCAUCACAUCGGAAUAGAUAGCAUUUAUUUGGAUAUCUACAGUAGGUGCCAGUAACUACACAAGAAUACUUACAAAUUUACCUUUGCCUGCUAAAAGACAGCAAUUUCCACAGACUCAAAGAAUAGUUCUUUUUUUAAAAAAGAAAUAUGAAGGGAUCUUAUAUUUUUGUGCCAGAAUAUAUUUUCUAGUUGUUGAUGGAUUAAUUUCCCAAAUUCAGUGACAUUAAAAAGGUCAUAAAGUCAGUUUAUUUUGGAGUUAUGAAUGGCCCUUUGUUUGAAAGAGGUAGAGUGUUUAAUUAUUUGUAAAAAUGAAGAAUAAGAGCAGACUGUCUAUUUCUAAAUUAGACUACCCAACAAUAAAUCCAAAACAGUAGAAAUCUGAUUAGAUUCUCGUUGCUAAUUGUUGAUUUUUGUGAAUAAGGCAGUUUCAGUCAUUGAACUGCAUUGAAAUAUAACUUUUGCCAAAUGGAAGCCAAUAAUGAAAAAUAAACCUUCACGUGAUAAAUGGAAUGAAGUAUAUAUUUUGCGAAGUAACUGUGUUGGUUUCAGAAUUGUAUGUUUGGGGAAAUCAAGGGGUAUAGAUUUGCCUAUGAUCCUGGAAUGUAAACUUUUGAUAAUCGAAUGGUUACCAAAGAGAGAAAUUUAGUUUUAUUCCUGAGUAAGUUAUGAGUAUGCCUCCGCAGUAGAUCACCUUUUAAAGUCAACAUUAAUGGCAAGUUUACAUUUUGUAGGAGAUGCUUUUCAGGGCCUUGUGUGUCUUGGCAUCUCAAUUUCUUUUGGUGACAAGACUCCAAAAUCUUGUACAUUUUACCACAGAUUAUUUCGUAAAGCAUUUGGGGGUCCAGGAAGAAUGUAAUGUGUGUUGUUCUUCUAUAUCAAACCAUGAUGCCUUUGUAAUAACUAUUUGCACCUGUGAGAAAUUCCAUAUCAUGUUCAAAUACCAUUUGUUUUGCACAUUUGUAUAUAUGUAAUGCAUAUUUUUUAUAUGUGUGAGUACAUUUAUCUGCAAAAGCCUUGUAAAUAUUAGCAAUGUUGUAGUUACUGAUGAUAUGUAUCUCAGCAAUUUUGCAUUACUGCUGUGUUUCAAUAAAAUGUUCAUGUCCUGUGA